AUGGCAAUCUCAACCCCAGGUCCAGACACUCUGGGUGUACUCAUUACGAAAAACACUGCAACCAUUGCUUCAUACAAGACUGACCUGCAAGCAAAGGCUCACGCCUCCAAGCACGGAUGGCUGGCAUAUCUUGGAAUGGCUCCAGUGUGUUUGGAGCUUCUCGCAUUGUGUACCUUGACGGCCGCGCGAGAUGAUGCUCGAAACAUUAUCUUGGUCUCGAACAAGAAAUAUGAGUACCUUAAAGGGCAUCUUCAUUUGUCCACUUGCUUGAUUGAGGUUGUCAAUAGAGGCAGCACUGCUUUUACAAAUUGCAACAAACAUAUGGAAGAGAUUCGAGCCACUUCUGAAUCGGUCAAGGAUACGGUUACUAUGAUCGUCAAAGCCCUACUACGUGGAAACCUCCAGCUUACCGUACAACUGGACACCCUGGUAGAGGCAGCCGAAACCUGCAAGGACGCCGCCGCCAAAAUGGACGACGAGCUUGAAGCCUGGUAUAAAUACGUCAUGGAACUACACGAGGCCUGUGAUGCAACGGACCAGGAUACCAAGGGCAAAUACCAGAUUGCAUUGAGUGACGAAAAGGCUCGGAAAGUCGAACAAGAGCUGUUGACUACGAGCAUUACCUCGGCCGAGAAAUGGGUCAAGGAUCGGGAGGAACAGGUCCAGGAAAUGAAGGAUCUGGUUAAGGAGGAGCUCAAGAACUACCCAACUGGGAACCAGUUGAUGGUGAUGGAUCUCGUCCAGACACUGGGAAACGCGGCCGCCAGCGCCACAAAUAUCCUUGCCGGAGCAGCAGCAAGCCGAAUCGGUGGUGGUUCUGCAUUCAACAAUAAAACUAAGAGCAAAAGCUCUUCCGGUAAGAAAAAGGAAACAUCUGAUGAUGAUGAUGAUGAUGACGAUGAAGCGGCGGAUGAUGUUGCCAAUGAUCCGGCUUCCGUCUACCUGCCCUUUGCUCUCAUGGCUAUCAAUCAAUUGCACGGAAUUGUGUCCGACAAGGCUGGAGUCCAGUGGGACCUCAUAACUAACGUGGAAUCGACCAGCGGAAAAGGUGGCCAGCUGGAUCUGACAGGCGUGUCAGGUUCCCUCACCAGGCACCGCGCGACUUUGGAGAAGAAGAAAACCGCAAAGAGCUCCAAGGUCGGAAAGGCCUUGUUGAAAUCCAUUGGCGAGGUAGAACUGGUCGUCAGCGAGCUCCAAGUAGAGAGAACCAAGAGCCGCAACAUGGGAGACAACUGGAAGAAACCCGCCAAUGAUUCCAAGCAGGUAUCUGGCUGGCAAUCGACGGUCAAGAAGUCUCAAAAGGCCGUGCAGAAACUUGACACCAAGGACAAGGCCUUGACCUCGGGAACGAAAAACCCUCCGCUGCCCGGCGCAAACCUGCAGGCAGCAGCUUCUUCUGGAAGCAAAACAGCCAGUCAGAUGGCCGUCGAAGCGGCCUCAUUCAAAGUAACCACGGCUCGGGAAAUGUACAAGUCCACUCUGUCCAGUGCCGACACGGCCAGGAGCCAGCUGCUGGCAUUCCAGUCGCAGAUGAACAACAUCAAGGCGGAUCUAGAUAGUCUCAAGGAAGACAAAUUAACACUUGAAGCCGUCAAAGUGUGUCUGCGGAACUGCUUGACCUUGUUGGUGGAGUUGAAAGACUGCAUCCUCCAGCUCCGGCUCUUCUUUACACAGCUCGCGGUGCAGAUCAAGACCCUAGUCAAGGGCAAUGUUCUCCCCUUCAAGAGUACAGUUCAACAUGCAAUCUCUUCGCCAGAAGCACUGAUCGACCGCGUGAUCCUGCAGCAGUAUACUGUAGCCAUCUGGGCUGGAUUCGACCAGUUCAAGGAGGUUGCCGAGUUCUAUAAGAGUGUCCACGACCCUCAUAUCCUCAACGGUCUUAAUUUGGUCAACAAAAUGACUCUCCAGAACAACGUGACCGCUGGAUACCAACAAAUUGAGCAGUACUCUAAAACCAGUCAGACCGCAGUGAUAGAUCUCAUCAAUGCUGAAACAACAAAAUUCAAGACCAGAAUCGAGAAGACGUAUGGGCAAAUCAUAGAACUUGAGAAGAACUCGGCUCUUCCACCCACAGAAGCCCAGCAGGACCUCCUCGGAAGCGCAGUUAAGAGUGCUGAGAAUGUCAUCAAGGACCAGCUGGAUGCAAAGUCCGCUCCCAUCAACUAUAUGACUCAGCCUCGUGAACAGCGCGAUGCGCAAGCAGACCAACUGUCCAAGGCACUGGAUCCGGAAACGCUGCAGAAUCAAGCCGACGCUUUAAAGGGAGAGCUGGGGUUCCAUGAACAAGAUAGUGACGAGUAUUUGGGUAUGGAUGACUAG